AUGAGCUUCUCGCUGACGUUCUCCGAGCUGGUCAACAUCGCCGUCCCGCAGUGCGGGGUGGUGAACUUCAAGGCUCUGCACGUCCUGCUUCAGGGCAUCCUGGAGCACAUCCACAUGGCCGAGCUCAAGAAGGUCCUCUCGGGAGAUGAGGACUUUCUCCAGUCCUCGCCAGCGGUAUUCAUGCCCCGGGAAGCGGACGCCCAGCCCGUCCUCAGCCCCAUGAAGAGGCUCAGCAAUGUGUUUGACCACGUGGUGAGCCGCAUCGACAAGAUGGAGAGCCAGCUCGCCGCGCUGCAGGACCUGCCCUCCACUGCCCAGCUGCUGGAGAGAAGCCGCGGCAAGGGCCAGCCCGCCCAGGACCUGUGGCACCUGAUCAAGCUCCGGAAGAUGGUGGAGGGCAAUGAAGAAGCCACGGCAAAGUCCAUGAAGACUCUGCAGGAUUUGCUUACUGACAUUUGUGCACUCAAGGGCACCACUGAAACUCUCAGAGAGGAUCUGGACACACUGAAGGACAUGGUUGACAAGAUGCAGCCAGAAGUAAUGGAUUCUUUGCUUGAAGAUCUGAAAGGACAGAACAGGAGGAUGAGUGCGCUACAGCGGGAAGUGGUUGCUCUCCAGAGCAAAAUCCUCACCAUCCCCAAAGCUGACGACGUGGUACUCUGGAGCAGCCUCCACGAGGCCAUGUUUGGCCCCGGAACGUCUACAGGACGAGCUGGUCCAACACAGAUUGAGGAUUCAGACCUGUGGCAGUUGGUGGGGCAGCUCCCAGAGAUAGGUCAUCCUAAGACCGAGCACCUUGAAGCUGUCGGUCCUGUCCAGAUCUCAGAGGCCAUCCAGAGCCCCAUGUUACUGGAGACCGGCUGGCAUUAUGAGACCCCAGGGCAGCUACAGGAGGAGGAAUCUGCCCAAGACGUUCUGCUCGCCGAGGCCCAGGGGCCAGGGCAGCCUACAGGGCUUGAGCCCGGGGCUGUGCCCACACCGGGACCACAGCCUGAGGCCAUGCCUGCUCUGGGGCCUGUGCUGACAUCCGGUCUGGCACCUGGGUUCCCAUUCCUACCUGGGUCUCCGUUCAUAGCUGGCCCUGGCCCUGGCCCUUGGCCUGCCCUCAGACCUGGGACUGGCCCUGGACUUGGGGUUGCCCCCGAGCCUGGGACUGCCCCCAGGCUUGCAUCCGUCCCAGGGCUUCAGCCCCCACCACGAGAACGCUGGCCUCCUCCCAGAGGCUUGUCCAGGGCUGGCACGUGGCCCUUCUGGGGCUCAGACUUCUUGCAGCCCGCACAGUCCCAGGUCUUCAGGGCCCCACCGCCAGCCAGGGAGUUUGGCUCAGCGUGGCCCCCUCCACUGCAGUCACAGUCUACACAAGCAGACGUGCACCUGCUCCCAGCCGUCUCAGAAGCUGAGGAAGACUAUGUAUCUGAGGAUGUGCCAGCCCCUCCCGCCAGGGCCCCCAGGAUUGGGGCCCCUAGGGCUGGGACCCCCAAAGAAGCGCCCGACAAGGCACCCAGCAAGGCUCCCCAGUCUGCCCUUCAGCACCUGAGGACCACCGCGGCCCUUGCGGCUGCCGCCGCGUCCUCCUACGCAGCUGCUGCCACCUCAGCAGCCCGGAGAGCCGAGGUUGUCGCCAAGGCUGUCAGGGAUGCCCCUGCCACCAAAUUGGCCACCAUAGCAACGGCCAUGGCUGCAUCUGGGCCCUUAGGGACCUUCGCAGACAUCCUGGGUGCGGGCUCUUCCCGUGGGGCCUCAGCUUUAACGGAGGACACAGAGGUGGAGGACGACCUCUCUUCUGUGUACACUGUGGCCAGCCUCCCUCCUGAAAGGACCCUGUCCCAGGUCAUGCUGGCUGCCCAAAAGGCCGUGACCCCCGAAGACAAGAAGACGGCCGUCAGGUACUCCAUGGGCUGUAUAGCCCAGAUGCCCGUUAGACACGACUUCCUGAAGGAGGAGUUUGCCCAGCUGUCAUCCGCCCUUCAACAGCGCUUGAAUUACCUAGCUAAUUUGGGAGCCUCUGCCAAGCUUGGGUCGACAGUGGACGUGCUGCAGGAAAAGAUCGGGAGCCUCCAGAGAUCCAGGAUGAAGGAAGAGGAACUCGAGAGAAUUUGGGGCCACCAGAUAGAGAAGAUAAAACAUCACCACAUCGUGCUGGACAGGGCAGUGGAGAAACUCCAGAUUCGCUUGGAUGACUUAAAGGUUGUCCAUGCUCAAAUUAAAAACCUCGAAAUGCAUAAGGUGGACAAAAGUAUAAUGGAGCAGGAGUUGAAAGAGAAAGCUGACAGGAGCACCCUGGCAGGCAAGGCAAGCCGAGCCGACCUGGAGACAGUGGUGACAGAGCUGAAUGAGAUGAUUCAGGGAAUGCUCUUCAGGGUCGUGACCCAUGAGGAUGACUGGAAGAAAGAUGUGGAGAAGCUGACCAAGGACCUGAGCACCAAGCUGGUCCACAGUGAUUUGAAUGGUCUGAAGAAAGACAUGGAUGAGAUCUGGAAAGUACUCAGGAAGCUCCUGAUUGAAGGCCUCCGAUUUGACCCUGAUAGCGCUGCCGGCUUUAGGAAGAAACUGUUUGAGCGGGUGAAAUGCAUCUCCUGCGACCGGCCGGUGGAGCUGAUGACGGGCCCGCAGCUCAUCACCAUCCGUAAAGCCCACCUGCUUUCGAGGCUGCGGCCAGCCAGCGCCAAUACCUAUGAGUACCUGCAGCAGCAGCAGAUGAGGGAACACCGGCAGCUACAGCAGCUCCAGGACCUUGGAGACCAGGACAGGAAUCUGGAUUCACUGGGGUCCCCGAAGGACUGGGGAGAUGGCCCUGGCAAUGCCAGCCUCAAGUUCAACUCCUAUGACUUGUCAACACUCUACCCCUACGGGGACCCCGAAGUAUUGGACUAUGACACCGCCGAGGUGGACAUUCUGGGAGUGGACGGCAUACUGUACAAGGGCCGAAUGACCAGCCAGGAUGGGGCACGGCCUUUGACCAGCAUUGAGAAGGAGCUGGCAGCUGUGAAGGUUCCACACCCCCCAACUCGCAACCUGUAUGAUCGUGAACGCCCGAGUACCUUUUAUGGUCCCAUCUACCCCCCCCAGCACCCCCACGCCAGGGUGCGCUCGGCUGCCUCCAGGCCCCCGCCUGUGAUGCCAGCUCGGCCUCCAUCGCUGCCGCCCCUGCCACUGCUCCCGCCACUGACGCCACCCCCAAGGGACACCCAGCAGGCCCCAGGGCCCACCCGGCACCCGAGACUUCUGCGUCUCGAGUCCCGAGCCAGCAUGCAGGCCUCCGAGGAGCCCACCAAUCCGUGA